AUUAACGAACGAACUGGUUGUGUGCUGCCCUUGUUUAACUUUUUACUAAAGCAGUUGAAUAUAUAUGGUUGUACAUUUAUUUUGAUAACAUUUUAUCAUUCUUUCUGUCAUAAAACCGAACAGACGUGCUGUUUUUUUCUGGUGACGGUAACAUUAUAUCCACAGUUCUGUCUUCCGCUCGGGCUAGCUAACUGUAACUAGCUUAACGAAGGUCUCCAGCACAGCCACAGACUCACGUUAGCAGGUCAAAGUCCAGCACAGAGGACUCAAACCAGAAUGCCUCCGCUCAAGUUCUGUGCGAAUAUUUCCUGGCUGUUCACGGAGCUUCCAGACUUCAGCCAGAGAAUAUACGCGGCUGCCUCGGCCGGCUUUCAGGCUGUGGAGGCCGCCUGGCUGUAUGACUCGGACCUGCAGGAGCUCCAGAGAGUCCGGGAGGCUACAGGAGUGGAGGUGGUCCUCAUCAAUACCCCGCCUGGAGAUUUGAAGGCAGGUGAUCUUGGUCUUGGUGCAGUUCCUGGAAGACAGACAGAGUUCAAACAGGGUCUGGAACUGGCUUUGAAGUAUGCAAAAGCUUUGGACUGCAAAAGGAUCCACCUGAUGGCUGGUAGGAUUCCUGUGGGCUCACACAGAGCGGCCAUUGCCAAGGAAAUGGAGACCAUCUUUGUGCAGAACCUAAGCUAUGCUGCUGGCAUCCUCUCAAAGGAAGGAAUCACUGGUUUGAUUGAACCAAUCAACACGAGGAUCACAGAUCCCACAUAUUUUCUGGACUCACCUCAUCAGGCGGCUGCGAUACUGGAGAAGGUUGGAAAGCCAAACAUCAAACUGCAGAUGGACGUCUUUCACUGGCAAAUAAUGGAUGGGAACCUGACACAAAACAUCCACAAGUAUUUCCCACUGAUUGGUCAUGUUCAGAUCGCUCAGGUUCCAGGCAGGAACGAGCCUGACAGUGAAGGAGAGAUCAACUACAGCUACCUGUUCGACACUCUGGAGAAGCUCAGCUACCAGGGACACAUUGGCUGUGAAUACAAGCCACUAGGAGCCACAAAUGAGAGUCUCGGCUGGCUUAAAAAUUACUGGACACACAGCAAGUGAAGAUCAGUCUACACUUCUGUGAAGUUUUUUUCUCUUUCCUUGGACUUGGAAAGAUUCCAGUGGCCUUACAUUUUCUUCCAAAGUGACAUAAGCAGAUGUAUUUGUCAAAAUUGUUUAACCUGUGCACAAGUUUGAAAAUUGAGCUUUUUUCAUGUAUUUUUAAGCUUAUUUCAUGCUUGAUGUUGUUGGUAUGAAAUAAAAAAAUAAAAUAAUAAUAUACAUUUUA